AUGUUGACUAGCAAGAUUCUGAUUGUAUAUUCGAAGCGUUAUGGACGAGGGAUAGGGCAGGUAGAUAGCGAGAUUGCUUUAAUUAAUGAUUAUGCUUCAGAACAAAGUUUAAAAUUAUUAAGUGAAAAUUCUCAUUGGAAUGCAGACGGUACUUUUCGCACUGCGCCAUCAUUAUUUACUCAAGCAUAUUAUAUUCAUGUUUGGGACGAAUUUAGCAUGAAAGCAGUAGUAUAUUCAUGUUGUGAAGACAAAACCGAAGAAGGUUAUCGUCAUUUAUUUACAUCAUUAGUUACUUAUGCAAAUACAAAAAACAUUACAUUAAAUCCAUCAUCAGUUUUAAUAGAUUUUGAACAAGGUGCAAUUAAUGCAAUUAAUUAUGUAUUUCCACAAGCAUUAGUAAAAGGCUGUCAUUUUCAUUUUGCUCAAAAUGUUUGGAAGAAAUUAAAGAAGUAUGGAUUAGUUAAGUUAUCGAAAGAAGAAAAUAUACGUCGUGGAAUAGCAAACAUCAUCAGUUUACCAUUAAUACCUCCCAAUGAAAUUAAUAAUUGUAUGGAAAGAAUUAUCGAUAAAUUAAGCAAUAUUAAUUCAAAAUUUGAUAGAUUAACUGAUUACGUUAUAAAUAAUUACAUUGAUGAAGGAAGAUUUCCUGUUGAUAUGUGGAAUCAUUUCGAUAAUAUAGGUGAACGACCACGUACCAAUAAUCAUUUAGAAGGUUUUCAUCGACAAUUAAAUGCGAGAGUUAGAACACAUCCUGAUUUAUGGACAUGGAUUAAUGACGUUAAAUCAACAGAAGAAGCUGUGAUGUGCCGUUACGAACAAGAGCAAGCUCAAAAACGUACAACACGACCAAGAAAAGGAAGAUACAUACAUGAUGAUACUAAACUUAUAUUAGCAAAACAAAAUAUAUUCAAAAAUACUGAUCGUGGUGCCAUAGAAAAUAAAAUUGUUGCUUAUUGCGACGAGUUUGGUUUUAUUGGAAAAUAA